UCUUCUUAUGAAACUUCACUCCAUUGCCGCCUAUUUUCUGCUCAAUUGACACCUCUUUCAUGGCGUUUUCUUCAUUUCUUUUCUUUUGUCUUUCGUUUUUAGUAUUCACUGGCUCAGUUUCAUCAACUGCAAAUGACCCAAUUAGAACUUUCAUAGUUCACGUCCAACAUGAUGCUAAACCUUCCAUAUUUCCGACCCAUGAGAACUGGUACGAGUCCGCUCUAAGAUCUCUUUCUGCGGAUACCCAAUCGUUAGAAAUUGGUGAAGCUGCUGCUAAUCGCAUUAUUCACACUUAUAGUAAUGUAUUUCAUGGGUUUUCUGUUAAAUUGUCGACUUUCGAUGCUCAGAAGCUUGAGGAUUUUAAUGGGGUUUUGGCUGUUAUUCCUGAACAAGUUAGGCAUGUUCAAACAACGAGAUCCCCUGAAUUUCUUGGAUUGAGUAGUGCAGACAGUGCUGGGUUGCUCAAGGAAUCAGAUUAUGGGUCCGACCUUGUUAUUGGAGUAAUUGAUACUGGGAUCUGGCCUGAGAGGAAGAGCUUCCAUGAUCGUGAUCUUGGUCCAGUUCCGGCAAAAUGGAAAGGGGAGUGUGUGGCUGGCAGAGACUUUCCGGUGACUUCAUGCAAUCGGAAAUUGAUUGGAGCGAGAUAUUUUUCCAGUGGGUAUGAGGCGACAAAUGGGAAAAUGAAUGAAACUAAGGAGUUUCGAUCUCCCAGAGACUCGGAUGGUCAUGGAACUCAUACAGCUUCAAUUGCGGCAGGGAGGUACGUAUUUCCGGCGUCUACUCUUGGUUACGCUCGUGGUGUUGCUGCUGGGAUGGCUCCAAAGGCUCGUCUAGCUGCUUACAAAGUUUGCUGGUCUUCAGGCUGCUACGACGCUGACAUCCUGGCUGCAUUUGACGCCGCCGUUGCUGAUGGUGUCCAUGUCAUAUCCCUUAGCGUUGGCGGAGUUGUUGUUCCCUAUAACCUCGACGCAAUCGCCAUUGCCGCCUUUGCUGCAACCGAUGCCGGAAUCUUCGUCUCUGCUUCCGCCGGAAACGGUGGACCUGGAGGCCUCACAGUAACCAAUGUCGCUCCUUGGGUCACCAAUGUUGGUGCCGGAACAAUUGACCGUGAUUUUCCUGCUGACGUCAAACUUGGAAAUGGUAAGAUAAUUCCUGGAGUGAGCAUAUAUGGUGGCCCGGCGUUAACUCCCCACCGACUUUACCACUUAAUUUACGCCGGAAGUGAAGGUAGCGAUGGGUAUUCGUCUUCACUGUGUUUAGAAGGUUCAUUAAACCCAAAUUAUGUACAGGGAAAAAUCGUAUUGUGUGACAGAGGCGUCAAUUCGAGAGCUGCAAAAGGCUUAGUGGUGAAGAAAGCUGGUGGAAUGGGGAUGAUAAUAGCCAAUGGAGUAUUCGAUGGUGAAGGUUUAAUAGCUGAUUGCCACGUGUUACCAGCGACGGCAGUUGGGGCUUCUGCCGGUGAUGCGAUAAGGAAGUACAUAUCGGUAGCAUCAAAGUCCAAGUCACCGCCAACGGCGACCAUUUUAUUCAGAGGUACUCUUCUAAAUGUGCGGCCAGCACCAGUAGUGGCAUCAUUUUCAGCCCGAGGACCGAACCCAGAGUCACCCGAAAUUCUGAAGCCCGACGUGAUUGCACCUGGAGUGAACAUCCUUGCAGCUUGGCCCGAUGGUGUUGCACCCAGUGGGCUUCCAUGGGAUACGCGUCGAACAGAGUUCAACAUUUUAUCAGGAACCUCCAUGGCUUGCCCACAUGUAUCUGGACUAGGAGCAUUGUUGAAAGCAGCUCAUCCGGGAUGGAGCCCAGCAGCUAUAAGAUCAGCAUUGAUGACAACUGCCUAUACAGUGGAUAAUAGGGGACAAAUUAUGAUGGAUGAAUCAACUCAAAAUUCGUCGACUGUGAUGGAUUUUGGAGCAGGACAUGUGCACCCUCAAAAGGCAAUGGACCCUGGUUUGAUUUACGACCUAACUUCCUAUGACUACGUCGAUUUCCUCUGCAAUUCCAAUUACACAACCAAGAAUAUUCAAGUAGUUACAAGGAAGUAUUCAGAUUGUAGCAAGGCAAAAAGAGCAGGCCAUGUGGGGAAUUUGAAUUACCCUUCUCUUUCAGCAGUGUUCCAACAAUAUGGAAAGCACAAGUUGUCCACACAUUUCAUUAGGACUGUGACAAACGUCGGAGAUCCCAAUUCAGUGUACCACGUGAUUGUGAAACCACCGAGGGGUAUGGUGGUGACGGUGGAGCCAGAGAAGCUGACGUUUAGAAGAGUUGGACAGAAGCUUAAUUUUCUGGUGAGAGUACAAGCAGAGGCACUAAAGCUAUCACCAGGGAGUUCCAUAGUGAAAAGUGGCUCAAUAGUUUGGUCAGAUGGGAAGCAUGAAGUGAGAAGUCCAAUAGUUGUAACAAUGCAGGAGCCUCUUUGAUGAAGAAACGCUUGGGAAUUAAGUGUUCUUCGUGCUACCGAAUCUCGAUAACAGUAUAUGUAUAACAAUAUAUAUGUGGAUCUAUCUCUGUUGAUAAGCAACUACAAUGUUUAAUAUGUAUGUUGACAAGGAUGAUUGUAAAGGUGAAGAAGAGUUGGGAGUUGGUUGUUUGCUUUCAGCCAUGAAGUUUUGGCUGCGUUUGUCUAGAGUUUUGAUGAAGCAUAUAUCAUAUCUUAUGUUUGGUUU